AUGCUUGCUUUCCAGCGCCAGGCAGCUGCCCUUGGCCUGCUGCUACUUGCGUUGGUCCCGCAUGUGCACUCGCGGCCUGCUGUCCCUGCGCUCGGCAAGCGAGCAUAUCCGUCCUGCGACGCCACGCCCCCAUUCGACCCGCAAUGGGGCGUGGUCCUGCCGGCCUCCCCCGAUCCUACCGAUGAUGUGACAGUGUUCACUUCUGGAUCCAAGAAUGUCUGGGGCGUCACCUACGACGACGGACCCGGAGACUUUACCCACAACGUCCUUGACAACUUGGACAAGAAGGGCAUCAAGGUCACAUUUUUCCUCAUCGGGUGUCGCAUCGUCGGCAGGGAAGACGUCCUCCGCCGUGCCUACAAGAGCGGCCACCAGAUUGGAAUUCUUUCCGAAGUCAUGUGGACUGCCAAGAUCAUCUAUGACAUCAUCGGCGUCGUGCCGCUGUACAUGCGCCCGCCGUACGGAAACAUCGACGACCGUGUCCGUGGCAUUCUCAAGAGCCUCGGCCUUCGCGUGGUUCUCUGGAAUCGAGACACCAACGACUGGCAGCUGGACUUUCCAAACACGGGCCAAACCCAGGCGCACAUCAUCAGCGAUGUCACCAGCUGGGCCUCCAACCCUCCCAGCGAGGGCAUCGUCUCGCUCGAGCACGACUUUUGGCAGGACACUGCUGCCGUCAGCGUCUCUGUGUUGGACAUCAUCCUCAAGCAGGGCUUCAAAGUUGUCCCCAUCGCCAGCCUGGACCAUCGCCCAGCGUACACAUCAACCUUGAUGCCGCCCACUGUGCCCGACAGCAGCUUUAUCGCCGGGUGCUAUGUGGAUGGGCCCAAGCGCGCCCUCGGUUACUUUGCCGGGUCCUCCGCCACCAUGACCAGGGCCGUUUGCGCGGGUCUGUGCUCCGCGCAAAAAGCAAAAUACUACGGCCUGGAAAACUCGAACGAAUGCUACUGUGGUGGCAGUGUCGUCCUCAACGGUGCCAGUGGCAAUGGCGUCGGCCGUGUCGGCACCAAGCUUCCCGACAGCCAAUGCAGCUCCAAGUGCGCCGGUGAUUCGACUCAGACCUGUGGUGGCGCUUGGACCAUCUGGGUCAACACAGUUGCUGGAGCUCCAGCCCCACCACCACCACCACCUCCUCCUCCUCCUCCUCCACCACCUCCGCCGCCGCCCUCCGCGCCUCAGUUGCCAGGCUGCUUUGUGGACGGAUCGCAGCGAGCGCUCUCAACAUACACCGGGUCUUCGCCGUCUAUGACCAGGGCUGCGUGCUCGAACACUUGCAAGCAACAGAACUUCAAGUACUACGGUGUCGAAUACUCAAGCGAAUGUUAUUGUGGCAAUGCCAUUCUCACUGCCGGCGCCGGCGGAAACGGUGUCGGCCAAGUCGGGGCAAAGCUCCCCGACAGCCAAUGUAGCUCCAAGUGCGCUGGUGACUCGACCCAGACCUGCGGCGGUGUUUGGACCAUCUGGAUCGAUGCUGUCUCUGGAAACCCUCCCACACCACCUUCACCUCCUCCUCCUCCCCCGCCACCCACUUCCCAGUCGCCGAACUGCUAUAUCGAUGGGAGCACGCGAGUUUUGUCAGCAUCCUUCACGCUGACCCUUGUGCGGUUUAUGCAGCAAUCCGGAUCCAACAGCCCUCAGACCUGUGCACAAACGUGCGCCGCCGGCGGAUACAAAUACUAUGGCGUGGAAUAUGGAAGCGAAUGCUACUGCGACAACAAGAUUGCCAGCGGCACUGCCGGUGGUGACGGAGGUACUGCCGGUACCAUUGCGCCGGCCAGCCAGUGCAAUAUGCCCUGUGCCGGCGACGCCAAGCAAAACUGCGGUGCCGCUUGGCGCAUCUGGGUCGGCCAGACAGCUGCAGGACCUGUCGCUGCAUCAUUUGCAGCCGCUCCUGCGCAAGAGCCUGGCUGCUAUGCCAGUCCCGAAUCGAGCCCGAUUCUCAAUGAAAAGUCUAUGAACAAAAUCUCUAUGAAUCGGGAGGCCUGCGCCCAGUUUUGUUCCCAAGACAACUACACAUACUACGCUCUUCAGAACGGCAGUCAAUGCCGUUGCGGCAACAGUCUCGAGGGACCGAGUGUCGAUCCCGGCAACUGCAGCAUGCGCUGCUCUGGCGACAUCAGCAAGACCUGCGGCGGUGCCCAGUUUGCCUGGGUGAAUCGUGUUUCGAUCUAG